GUCCGAAGGCGAAGUCGUACUGCCAACGAACGUCAAGACAUUCAAGAUGCAAACUGUCAGUCAAUUUUCUCAAUGUUAACCAUUCCUUCUGCAAAUAUCAGUCCAUAGUCAAUUGAGCUUCUUUUCUUUCGUUCUUUAUCUGUCUUCUACUGAAAUACAUUCACUGCCCGACCUUCGUUACAUACUACUUAUGUGGAUAUAGGUUAACCAUACUAUAGAAUUAGCAGAAAAACAAUCCAUCAUAAUACGAAAGUAGAAUUUCAUUUUUUUCGAUGAUGCGCUGGAAAUUGGUAAUGGAAUGACUGCUUGCGUACUGGCUAGUAUCUCACAACAACCAUCCUGUUUGCUGUUACACAAUAAACCAAUCGUUGCUCCAAUCAAACAAGUUACGAUGGGAAACGUUUUGAGAAAGAACUUCCCAAUUUCUGCUAUGAAGUUACUUUUCCAUACAGAUUUGAUGGCUGUGUUAUAUUAUAUUAGGAAUACUGAGUGUCGACACAGUACUUUCAUAGUUAGUCACCAAACAGUAGUGCAUCAUUCUACGGCAAUUGUAAAGUGGAGUUAUAGUAGUUCUGUAUACAAGCCAGAGGACUGGACUUCAAUAGAUUUACAGAAUGUACUUUAUCUUGAUACCUGGUUUGAAUUUCCAAUCCUAUUGAAUGGAGACGAUUCAAAGAAGACAAAUAAAUCUCCGGAACCCGUACCUAAGAAUAUUGAGUUUGAAAAACCUUUUCUACACUUUCUUUUACAAUUUGAAGUGGAGUGUUUUUACAAAGAUGUUUUUCGUCAAUGUCGUCGUUUUGGUUUUGUUAAACUGAGAAGGGAGUUAUAUAAAUAUACCCAUGAGGGUUCGUUUUUAAAAAAAAUGCUAACAUGAUAAUAAAUAAGAUCGUUGAUUUGAUAUGUUAUUUCUGUAAAUAAUGAUGUACAGAUUUAAAGACUCAAGACUUACUAGCUAAGUGGUUAACAUGAUAACAUUUGAUGGGAACGGUACUGGGUUCGAGUCCCAAAGUGAACAUCAACUCUGA